AUAAGAGUCCACCACUAAUGUGGAGGAGAGGGGAAUCAAACUCAGUUCUCCAAAUUAGAGUUUGCCGCUAUGCUACGUUGGCUUUCGAGAGCUUUCAAAAGUCAAAGCGCCCUUUAUUAUGCACCAGUUAUGGGGGGUGGAAUUGGUGUUUUGUCAAAUUGGGGGUGAUGUACUGUUCGGGCUGCUUUCCGACCCUCUCGCUUUCUCCGGCAGGUACCUGUGCUGCGACACACAGCAAGAACAGCGGGAGUGGUUUGCAACAUUCCUGUCUGUGCAGCAUGGUGCCAACAAUCUGUGGCCGUCGGACACCCGCAAAGUGCGAGCCUCCCGCGUCCAGCAGGACUCCCGGCUGGGCAACAUCUCCCUGAUCCCUCUACGAGGCAACGAAAAUGAGAUGAGGAACAGCGUCGCAGCCUUCACCACCGACCCUCUGACACUACUCCGAGACCUGUGAAGCCGGAAGACCGACGUGCCAGGUCUGUUGGCAAGCAGAAGAAUUCCAGACAAUCCCUUGGCGUUUUCCUGGCUGGACCAGUUUUUUUUUGUGGGGGGGGGGGGGGGGGGGGGGGGGGCAGAAAUCACGGGCAGCGGUUUUUGGGUUGCCUGUCUCGCCGAAAGGCCAAGCAGACACCAAUUGGAACAAUCCAGGAAAUGGGAAGAAGGUGUUGAAGAGCUUCCUGGGUCAGCUUUGGAAUAAAGCCGUGACCUGAAUUUCCCGGGGAAGGGGGUGUCUGAAGAAAAACCAAGGUCUGGAAAGCGAGACCCCCUAUCCAUCGCCAUAAGUUGGUUCGACCUCCGACCUGCCACCUUCACCCCCUCUCUGUCCCGGACAUUCUGUCUCUCUUGAAGGACCUCUGAUGGAAACUGGAGAGACCUUCUUGCUGAGAGGUGGACGUGGACUGCGAAACGCUGCUGGAGCGUUGCUUGGUUUUAUCCAUCUUUGUUUUAAACUAACACCUGGGCCAAGAAGACAGGAAGCAACGUCAGGGGAGAGGUUGGGCCCUGUUGUUGGACCUCCAGAGAAGCUGGUUGGCCACUGUGUGAGGCAGGAUGCUGGACUAGAUGGACCUUCUCUGGUCUGACCCAG